GUUGGUGGGCUGUCGGCUGUGCAGGCACAUGGUUAGGGAGUCUUCGAAGCUUGCAGACGAGGAGAUAGAUAGCUGUUUCUGGAUAAAGAGAUAAAGAGAAGACACUCCAUGGUACCUGUUUGAGUGGACUGUUUAUCCGAUUCUGCAGUUUUUUUCCUGGAAUUCAGCUGGUUAAGAAACACCACUGGUAAAUAUAUUUCACAGAGUUGAAGAUCAGAAUUGAUGCAAGCUGAUUACUCUUAAUUUGCUUGAUGACUGACUGUGACAAUGGCAAUGCAGUGAGCGCGUAUUUUCAGGCCAAAGCCUGAAUCAGCUUGUGGCGCAGUCCCCAGCCAUUUUGACGUGUUUUGUUUGUGACAGUUUGUGAGUCACACACUCCAAAAUAGAGACAGAAAUACUUUGCGUGCCCGUGAGGAAGAGACAGCACUCCGAGGAGCCGGAGGGAAGUGUCUAAGAGAAAGAGAGUGAUAGAGAAAGAGAGAGAUUCUCAAGAACACCCACUGUCAUCUGUCCUGCCCCGGCAACUACAGGCAACAAGGAGCCAGAGGUCACCAUCACAUCGCAAGUGGACUUUCACCUGGACAACCUGACACAAAUCGUACAUGACUGUGAUCUGAAGUGACCAGAGUCAGGCCACAGUUUGAAAUCUAUGAAAGUCCAAACUAAGGUUCAACAUCCAGAAUCUAGUGGAUAAACCUGCAACAACUCUGUUUUAACAACAGCAAUUCCUUCCGGACGUGUUUAAGAACCAUUUCUGUGAGACAUGCUAUCUCAGAAAAGAAGGACGACUAAUCUAACCCCUAAAGCUGGGUCUUAUUUAAACCCGACAGCUGUAUUGUCUCCUCUGGGUGCUGUCCAUUUGACCCAGCUAGCUUUAGGCUGUGCGGUCAUUUCCUUGGUGUUUCACGUCGCCGGCUACAAUGCCACUUAUGGGACAUUCUGCAUCGCAGUCUGGAGUGCUUGCUUUGUCCUGUCUGCCAUUGUCUUCAUCCUGGAUGUCACACGACUCAACUCUUGCCUUCCAGUGUCCUGGGAGAACUUGACCGUCACCCUGGCCGCAUCAGCCACUCUGCUGUACCUCAUGACUUCAAUUUUGUACCCAGCCUACUUUGUGAGCUCAGAGUGCCCCUACAACGACUGUGAAGUGCGUAACUUCAGGAUUGCAGUGACUGCAUGUUCCUGGGUCACGUUUGGGGCCUACGCUGCUGAAGUCUUCCUGUCCCGGGCUAAAGCGGGUCAGCAGGCAGCCUACAUGUCCACACCAUCUGGGCUCCUGAAAGUGGCUCAGGUUUUCGUGGGCUGCACCAUCUUCGCUGCAAGGACUGAGUUCUCUCACCAUGCAGCCACCAUCUACUGCGCUGCUGUAUUCGGUGGCUGCUUGGCCGCCACCACACUGGUGGUGGCCCUCAAUGUGUGCGACCGGAUCAAACCUCUGAGACCUCCCUCGGAUCGUCUGGUGGCUCUCUACGCCUUUGGCGCCGUGCUGCUGUACCUGAGCGCCGCUGUGGUCUGGCCCGUCUUUUCCUUCGACAAGAAGUACGGGACGCCGAUCCGACCUCAGGGCUGCCCCAGAGGGAAGUGUGCCUGGGAUAGCCAGCUGGUUGUGACCGUGUUCUGCUUUGUUAACCUGGCUCUGUACAUCGCAGACCUCUGCUAUUCUCAGAGGACACGUUUUGUAGCACAGCACCCACGGGUAUGACAUCUGUUUAUGGCUAUGUGGAACUUCUGCCUGCUUGUGCCCACUGUAGUAUUUGGUUUUGGACUUGUAAUCAUCCAACUGUAGCCCCCAACAGUCCUGAGGGUGGAUUGGAUGCCACUUGGCAUUGCCUAGGUCUAUGGUUUACACAGUUUAAACAAUAGUUUGCAACAGGGACAGCCUCAGUCUUGUAGGACAGACAUUUUUUUAAUUGUUAUUUAUGAUAUUUAAUUAAUAAUAUUGCAUUUCAUAAUUAUAUGUUUGUUUUAAAAUAAAUGUAUUCAUAGUGGAAUAGGUUAUAGGUUAUGUGCCAGGCUAGAUGAAAUAGUCCCUGAGGAAAACAUCCUUUUGUAAAAAUAUGUAUUACUUUUUGUCAUCCUUUAGCAUUACACUAUAUGAACAGAAGGAUUUAUAUUUAUAUUGUUUCUUCUAAAAUCAAUGGGAUUAAGAGUGUAGCCUGCUUUUGUUGGAGUAGCUGUUUCUUCUGUCCUGAGAAGCCUUUCUGCUAGAUUUUGUUGCAUUGCUGUGAGUAUUUGAAUGCAUUUAGCGACUAAAAAGUCUUUUACUUUUACAGUACUUUUACUGUACAGGGACCAGCAUGUCAAGACUGGUCCCUCUGUGUCAGCAAUGGUUGUAUAUUAAAGUAGCUAGAUGCAUUCAUUAGAAGGGGUGUCCACAAACAUUUAAAACAUUUGAACAAAUACUGUAGUGUAUUUUAAAGAUGCCACAUGUAAAGUGGCAUCAUACCUUGUCAUGUCAAAGUUUUGGAUGCUUUGAUUUGUUUUUAUUUAAAAUUAAAAAUAAUAUUCUUCCUUUUUUAUUCUGAAAAUGUCAUUCAGUAAAUUACAAAAUAAAUAAAUAAACCCUUUCUCUCUA